AUGAGCCGCGGCGCCGCAGCUCCGCCGCUGCUGAUCAACAUGUACCUGCCAGCCCCGGCGGGGGGGAAGCGGCCAGCGGCGCGCAGGGGGCUGGGGACCGGGCAGCGCUUUAAAAGCCGCCCAGCGGGCGCUGGGGAGAGGCAAAGAGACUCCGGAGCGGGUUGGGACUUGGCCCCGUGCGAACGCGUCUCUGUCUCCGCUCCAGAUCCAGUCGGGGAGACUCUGUUCAAGGAGGGGAAGAGCCCGGCGUGGGGCUCGCUCAGCCCCGGCGUGCAGAAAGGCAGCGGGCAGAUCCAGCUGUGGCAGUUCCUCCUGGAGCUCCUGUCGGACCGCGCCAACCUGAGCUGCAUCGCCUGGGAGGGCACCAACGGGGAGUUCAAGCUGGUGGACCCGGACGAGGUGGCCCGGCGCUGGGGCGAGCGCAAGAGCAAGCCCAACAUGAACUACGACAAGCUGAGCCGGGCCCUGCGCUAUUACUACGACAAGAGCAUCAUGAGCAAGGUGCACGGCAAGCGCUACGCCUACAAGUUCGACUUCCAGGGCCUGGCCCAGGUCUGCCAGCCCGCCGCCCCCGACCACGCCCUCUACAAGUUCCAGGGCAACCUGGCGCCCCUGCCCUUCUCGGGCAUCUCCAAACUCAACCUCAUGGCCUCGGGGGUGACGCCCACCAGCUUCUCCUACUGGCCGGGGUCCGCCCCCACCCUCUACCCCAGCCCCGGCCUGCAGCCCUCCGCCCCCUUCAGCGCCAUGGCUGCCUCCCACCUCAACACCAUGAAUAACCACUACCAUUAGAGCCCGCCGGGGCGUGCCGGGGGGGGGGGGCGGGGGGCGGUGUGCACCAUGGGGGCGGGUUUGCCUUUGGGUUCCACUCCGAGGGACCCCCUCUUUGCUCCGUGGCCCUUUCGGGGGAGAGGGGGCUUUUCUGAGUAGGUGGCUGGACCCCGUAAGGGAUGGGCCCUCCUGACCUCGCCCUCAUGCCCUCUGAGUCAGGAAAGCAAUUAGGCCGAGCCAGGGCCCCACUGGCAAUGCCAGCCAUGCCCGGAGGGUGAGGUUCUCACCGGGCAGCAUCUGGAGGGGGGUGGGGAAGGGGCAGCUUGCAGCCGGGGUCACUGGGCUGCGGGUCACCGGAGGCCCCAGGCCCAGCAUCUCUCUAGCCCAGCCCCUCUGUCUGCUGUGGGCUGCCGGGAGAGUCUGGCUCAAACGCCAACCCUCACCCCUCAGCGCAUGAGCCAGGCCCUGGGCUCCGGAGGAAAUCCCCCCUCUUGCCCCCGGGGGAAGAUUAGUGCCUGUCAGAGGAGUCUUGCCUGCCUCUGAAGCAGCUGGUUUGGGGCACCGUCAGAGGCGGGAGACCAGGCUAGAUGGGCCCCUGGUCUCAUUUAGGGCAGUGUGAAAAUAGGGGGGAGAUACUGAGGUAGAUGGGCCCGUUAUUCUGACCCAGGGCGGUGGGGGAGGGGAGAGGGAGGGAUACCAGGCUAGAUGGGCCUAGGGUGACCAGACAGCGAAUGUGAAAAAUCGGAACAGGGGGUGGGGGGGUAAUAGGAGCCUAUAUAAGAAAAAGACCCCAAAAUUGGGACUGUCUCAAUAAAAUCGGGACGUCUGGUCACUCUAGGUGGGUCCAUUGCUCCGAUCCAGGGCAGCAGGGCUGGGGUGGGGGGGCAGGAUACCAGGCUAGGUGGGUCUGUUUGUCUGAAAGUCCUUGGGUCGGGUCCAGUCCCUGGUUUUGCGGCAGCAAACUGGCAGCAGUUGAGCCCCCAGCGGGUGGGGUGGAAGCGAGGGGCUCACACAGCGGCUGCUCGGGGCAGACAGGCGUGGCGGGGUUGGAAGGGACCGGGAGGACGUGGGGAGUUGGGCCCGUCAGUCGCAUAAUGAGAUGAGAGCAUCUGGAAUGACCUGGGCUGUGCUGGAGGCUGGUGGUUUGGUUCUAGGGCUCAGUGGGCCCUGCUGGGAUUUCAGUAGCCCCCUUGUCUCUGGCACUUGGCUGCAUGUGGCAUGGCUUCACUGCUCUCCCCCAGACACAGUCGCAUCUAGAAAACGCUGCACCCCUCCUGCGGCUUUGGCUGGUGGUAUGAAUGGCUCGCUCUGAGCCCUGCUGGGCUGGGGGGCUCCCUGCUGCAUGAUCAGUAGCAGGGUUGGGAAGCCCUGGGAUUCAGGGUGGCAGCUCGGGCUUCCUCCCUGCAGUUAUAAGAGCACUGGCCACGUGGCAGGAUGCUAGCGCAGCGAGGAGGACGAUGAAACAGCCGAAGGGCAAACCGGCCCCUCCACUGAAUUACACGGGGCUCAGUAAACGUGUGUGGGGGCAGGAUGUGGGGUGCAUGAGUGGUGCUGGCACGUUCAAUAAACUGGAGAGUUACUUUAACGCCGAGGCUCAGUCUGUGAAUGCAUCAGUGCAGCGGCUGGAGUGACUCCUGUUGCCCCGGUGGUGUUUGCUUUGGAGGCUGCCGGUGACGUCUGCAAGUGUGGGGAGAAGAAACGGACACAUGGAGGUGCCACUAGGAGCCAACACCACAAUCCCACGGUACUGGACUCUGGAAAGGCGGGUCCAGCCCCACCCCCAUGCCUGGCCCCCAGAGCUGGGUUCCUAGUUUGAAAUGGGGAA